GAUAAUUUUUAUUUAGUCUGAAUAGUUUUUAGCUAUACUAUAAGCUUGAAUUUGAAACUAUUGUUUCUUCACCAAUUAGAAAGUUGAAAACAAUGUGGAUGAAUUCAACGGAGGGAACAACGUCUGCAUUUGGGCCGGUUGAUUUCACCACAGUAGCAUCCUAUCAAAGGCCUUUCACUGAUGGCGUCACGGUAUUUUCAGGAGUUGUCAUUUUCCUAUUCAUGAUCAUUGGAAUUCUACUAAACAGCUUGACUAUCACUGUGAUUGAAACCACGACUAGUCUGAGGAAUAUCUUCAUGUACUUUAUCGUCUCUCUCUGUUCGUCUGACUUAAUGUCAGCUCUAAUCAGUCCUCUCUUCUGGUACCGAAGAACCUUGGGUUUUGACGUUUGGAUGCCCCCAAACUUUUUCUGCAAGCUAUUUUGGGCCAUGGAUUUAAUGACAUCGUUCUCUACUUCAAUGCACAUCCUCAACUUUGCUGUACUCCGCUAUAUUUCUGUUCAACAUCCUGGUAUCUUCAAAAAUAUCUCUAAGAGAUCUGGAAAGAUUUGGAUUGCAAUCACAUGGUUUAUUGCUUUCAUGUGUGGUUUUGUACCGUUAUGGAUUUUUACUGGUGCGAUUCCCGGACAGAUAAGGGAUAGAAACAGUGGAGAACCAAAUGCAAAAUGGCCGGCGUGUACUUUAUUACUUGAAACACUGCCCCAGUACAAAACAUUCUCGAUUACUGCAUAUUCAAUAUUUCUCCUUCUGCCAAUGUUGGUUGUCAUCGUUGUUUCUGUACUCAUCGGUAAAUCAGUGCAUAACCAUACAAAGGCGUCAGUGAUUACGAACGAUGAAGCAUCAAAGAAGAGGAUACAAAAGGAAAAACAAGCUGUGUUACAGCUCAUACUCAUCGUUGUUUCGUUCCUCUUCGGCUACGUACCAUUUGUUACAUACGAAAUCUGGUCUCUCUUCCCAACGGAUCCAGUUGCUGACUACUGGUUUGGCUUGAUUCAGUAUUUCUGUCUGAGAUUUUCAGAAUGUAUGAAUCCCGUGUUCUACAACAUCAGUUCCACAAAGAUGAGGCGGCAUACUUUCAAGUUUCUAAGAAAGAUAUUCAAAUGCUGCCCUGUCUGGAAUAAACAACCAGACGGAGUAUCAACAGUGACAACCACAAUGGAUGCAAACACCCAAAUGGGUGUCUAGAAUCAUGCAAUAUUGAAUCAGCUCAAAAUCAAAGCAAACGUGGAGAGGUUGUUUGUGUAUAGGAUGUCUCAUAGAGACACAGAGAAACGUGUCGGUGAUUCCUUGUCAAUGUCCACAUAUAUUCUUUAUUGUAUUUACUGAAGGCGUUGGUAAAUGUUAAUAAAAUGUAUUAUUAUAUAAUGUAUUCUGUAAACCUACAUUAGCUGAACAUCCUUUACAAUACUUUUAUCUUGACUUAUAUGAUUUCACGAAUUUAAUAUCACCCUUUGUACCAAAAGCAGUAUAUAUAUAUAUAUAUACUGUUGUGGGAAAAUCUUUGUGGCCAACUAAUUUGAAACACAAGGGCCUGCGUGUAUGUUGAAUUCAAUAAUAUGUACCGCGUUGAAACAAAUAUAAAAAUGUAAACAAAUAAAGAGUAAAAAAUAUUAAUUUAUAUACUAUACGUCAUUGAAAAUGAUGAACCGCCAGUGAAAGCACUAUGCAAUUUCAAAAUUGGAUUUUUCAAUGAAAACAUUGUCAUAGAAACAAUUUACCUCUCAUCACACCAGUUUAAUAUAUUGUAAUAUUUACAUUUUAUCAUAUUACAACUCUUCUAUUUUUUAUUAAAAUUUUUAAGCAUGAAUCAUUCUCUAAUAAGGUUAGAUUUUAAAACAAACUUUGCACUCGACUAAUGUCAGUCGUUUGGUUUCAAAUUUAUAUCUUUUCCAAUUUCUUUUAUGUCCUAAUCACUUUUUAUUCAAUAUUGUACUAGUUUUUCUCAAUCGUAUUUUCAUCUCAGUCUUCUCUGAGUUUAUUCCUUUGUUGUCAUUUUACUAUGUUUGAUAUCUUUGUUCAGUCCAGAAGUUUGGUUUUGUAAGUGAGUCUGCCAUAAAAUAAAUUGAAUGAUCUUA